AUGUCGGCGAAUUGGUCCGAGCGUGCACCGGUCUUUGACGUGUUCGGUGCUGCAGAGAACGGAAGCCAUGAUGCUGACGUGCACCCAAGCCUGUCGCACGACACACUGCCUGUGCGAGGCAUGCAAGUACUGCGCAGCGUGCAAAGUGAGGUGUCGCAGCUGUGGGGGAAGCUUUCCGCCUCCGGCUGGGAAGAGCAGCUAACGGCUCUCCGAAACGGUUUCUGCCUCGGGAACCAGUCCGUGCUGGUGCGGCUCCGGGAGACUUUGGCCGAGCUCGAUGCCUGGAAGGCGCAGGAGCCCUUUUGGCUGGAGCAGGGCAGGGCGAUGGGCUUGUGGGCUGAGAUGGAGCGGACACACACUCUCCUCAUGUUCGGGCCAUCCGUCCGUCCUGGACAGGCGACGUGGACUUCUCAUUUGCCGACAUUGCAGCAUUCUCUCUAUACACGGUCUGGAAAUACUCUCAUUGGCCAAUUCGUCGCAUCCAGAGGCAGUUGGGUGGAUGCAGAUGUGGUGGCACACGUCCUCCUGUUUGCACUGCGGCAGACGGAGCCACAGAGUCACCCAGUUGACUGGCCGGUCCUAGAUGUUGGCGCCAACAUCGGAUCCGUUACGAUCCUGCUUUUGAAGCUUGGUUUCCCCGUCCAUGCCGUAGAGGCUGACAAAGGCAAUGCCCUCGCGAUUCGCUGUGCACAUCAAGCACGGGUGUUUCAGGCCAGUAUGCGGGCCUGCCACCGGCGAAUUGGGAGCACUUCCCGCUGCAAUGUCCCUGAGGGAGCGCUACGCCUUUCCGAGGUUGCGGCCAGUGAUUCCGCUGGGGAGCUCCUCCUGUCCGUGCCCACGAGCGGUAAGCCCGGGGCUGGCGACGGUGCUUUUGCGCAGGUGCGACGGAGUGCAGCGGAUUUCAUUAACGUGGACGCUGCUGGGGGGAGGAGCUUCGAGAAGGUGCAUGCAACGACCAUCGACCAACUUCUUGCCACGGAGCUUGUCUCGCCACGCAUCAUAAAGGUGGAUGUAGAAGGUUUUGAGAUGCAGGUGCUCCGGGGAGCAAAGCAGGCGCUGCGUACAGCGGAGUAUUUGUUCACCGAAGUUUGGCCAGCAGCGCUGGAGACGCAUUGCACUCCGUGGGAGUUUAUGCAACAACUGUCCGAUUUCCCGUAUGCCUACGAAGUGAGAACUGAAGCACUGCAUGUGUUUCUGCUGCCUUUGGAUUUGUCUCAACUUCUUCAGGGGGACAGUUGGUCUGCUGCCCCACUGUAUAACACCACCUUUGAUGCCCUAUUCAGCAAAAAUCGUCUCCCCGUGCAGACAGCACAAAGCUCACUGCACCUGCGCCGGAGUUUGUGGGUCUCGGUGCAGUCGAGGAGUUCGGAUCGCAGCCCG